CCGAGUGAAUUGAAUUAAAGGUGAAGGUCAUCUUAGAAUGUUUUUAGAAAAAGUUUUUGGCAUUCCUGGUAGUCCUGUAAUUAAUUAUCCAGGUCUGAUAUGACAUGGCUUGAAACUAUGCUAUAAAGCUCAACAAACAUAAGGAAUAUCCAACAGAUAUACAAGAUGAAAGAUGUUUGUCUAUAAAGGUGUGAUUCUAUAUAAUGGUAGGCGGACUAAUUUACUGAUGAAUCCUUAUGCUAAUCAGUUCUAGUAGCAGAAUCACUAACCUUCUUUAAACCAAAUGAAGAUUAAAAAGCUAGAGAUACAUUAUGUUAAUCGUGAUCAAGUAUUUUAUGCGGGACAGAAUAUAGAAGGGUAUAUUCUUCUGGUAUUAAAAAAGACCACUCCCAUCAAUCGUAUUUGCUUGCAUAUAGGAGGACGUGGAAAUUUUCUACAAUUCACAAAAAAAAUAAAUAACCGUCAAGAGACAUAUUUAGCAGAAGUAAAUUAUCUGAGUAUAAAUCUUGAGUUAAUACAACCAGGUCAAAUACUAAGCAAAGGUGAAGUUCGACUUCCAUUCUCAGCAUUACUACCCAGUUCUAUACCAUCUUCGUUUGAAGGUUCAGAUGGCUGUAUUCGAUACUAUUGUCAGGUCACAGUUUCAACACCUGAAGAUUCAGAUGCGACAGAGGGAAGAAAUUUUACAGUUAUUCACAAUGUUGACUUGAACAGUAUACCUAACGCAAAGGUACCUAUUGUAGCCAAACAGACAGAUAUUAUUCCAGGAAUAUGUUGUACUUCACCAGGUUUAUAUAAAGUUAAUUUCCAACUCGAGAAAACAGGUUUUGUACCUGGUGAACAGAUUAAAUUUCAAUUGGAUGUUGAUAAUAGAACUUCUCUUAGAAGUGAAUGGGUAACUCUUACUCUUCGACAGAUAAUUAAAUACAAAUGUUUUUUGAAUGGAAGAGUAACGGUCGCAGAAAACACUCUGACACAAACUAAAACAAAUAAUAUCGAACUGUACAAUAAACAAAUCAUAAUACCUUCAAGACAGAAAAAACAUUUAGAGGCAUCUGCCCGUCUGCCUUCACUACCUCCGUCUAAACUACCAGGAUGUGAUAUUAUAGAUAUCAGUUAUAAUAUUGUGUUAAAAAUAAGUAUUCAGAUUGAAGAGAUGAAUAUAGAAAGACAGAUUUUGAUUGGAACAAUACCAGUUAGAGAUGAUGCCUGCUCAUCAACAUCACAACAUACAUUAAGACCAGAUACAGCUCCUCCUAGCUAUGAAGAAUGUGUCACUAAAGCCUUUCGUAAAGGUAUGAAAGCCAAACAAUCAACAUGGAGACCAAGUUAUCCAUACUAUGGCGGUGAAAGUACAGUUGCUACUUUACCUGGUGGUAACUGGGUAUGAAGGCAAUGCUGAGACAAGAUCGGGAUUCAUUAUUACCCUAAUCAUCACUCUCGUUCUCUUCUUCUCUUCCAGUGGACCUUAUAAAAGAUCAGGACUCAUUAUUACCACUUGUAUUCUCUUCUUGUGGAGCUGUUACAAGAUCGGGACUCAUUAUUACAAUGUGGUGCUACCAAGGGAUAAUGUCCACUCGACACAAACUAGGUCAUUUCGGGACUAACAUAUGGUUCAAUUUAAUUUCAAUAAUUUGCUUGCAGUGAGGGGAAACCGGAGAACCUAGAUAAUCGACCCUACUCCUUGCCACCGUGGCAAUACCACAUACAAGUGGGGAAUCGAAGCCAUGCCACUUGACUCCAUGACAGACCUUAUCAUACAAUGCGCACGCAUUAACUAUUUGGACGAUGCUGGCUGGAAACCACAGGGUUAUUCUAGACAUAAUUAAAUAUACUUUAAUUCAGAUGUUUUAAAACAUAAAUAACAUCUGCUAUAUGUACAUUGUUUUAUAUUAUUAAAACAAGGCCUGAUUUUACAAGUGAUUUUAAUAAAUAAUGCUUACUUUUACUAACAAUUUUAGUAAUCUAUUUAUGACAUAAUUGUUUUAUAAGUAUAUACAUGUACUUAUUUGAUAAAUAAAUGUUGUGUUAGUAUUA